UCUUGUCAAAAGAGCGUGAGAGACUCUUACACCAUUCUAAAGACGUUCCGUUAGAAUCUAUUUCCAAGAUGUCUGAACGAAUUGAAUCUUAUUUGAGGCACACAUUAGAGGAUUAUGAGAAUUCGUUAAAUAGGAAGAAACAUGGUGGAGUCCAAACGGACAAUAGCGCCUGGCCGGAUCAGAGGGGUGCUUCGAAUCAGACGCUAAAGCAUGAUCAUGAAGAGAAUAAUCGUCGGGUUAUAAAUGAGCUUAAAGUACUAUCCCAGCACCUGCUCGAUUAUAAUAGACGAACUUUUGAGAAAUUUAUGUUAGAUAUAAAGAAGGAUUAUAGGGAGCGGGUUACUGCAAAUGAGAAAAUGCACUAUGAGAUCGAAGACCUGAAGAAGCAAAGAAAUCUUGGCAAACCAAAUCAAAAGAACAACUGGUCAAAUUUGUGUAAAAAUAACAAUCUUCAUCGAGAUUUAAGAGAAGUAAGGCGAGCUCGUGAUCAAUUACAGCAGGAUUUAGUCCGUGAGCAACGAAGGCGAUGUGAUGCAGAAGCCGAGCAUGAUAAUGAAAUUAUACGAAGGCAAAAUGCUGAAGGGGUGGAAAAACUGGUUAUUGAUGACCUUCAUCAGUUGCGAACUAAUGGCCGAAAUCAGGUUAAUAGAAUGUUAGAUAGAAUAGCAAGAAAGCAAAAUCGUAUAGGUGAGCUGGUACAAGAAAAUUUGCCUUACGAUUGCUAUAUCAGCGAAAUCUCACCACCUACGGCGGAAUAG